AUGGAAGAUGAUUAUCGCACUCGAUUGUCAACGGUUGUAAGUGUUGCUCGAAUACUUUUAGAGGAAGGUUUGCCUUUUAGAGGACAUGAUGAAUCUGCAGAGUCACUCCACCGAGGUAAUUUUCUAGAACAUAUUAGUUGGGUAUGCAAGCGAGAAGAAAAUGUAAAUAAAGUGAUGGGAAAGAAUGCUCUAGGAAAUAAUCAAUUGACUUCUCCUACGAUUCAAAGGGAUAUUAUUGAAUGUUGUGCAAUGGAAACGAGAAAGAUCAUAUUGAAUGAGCUAGGGGAGAAGAAGUUUACUCUUUUGGUUGAUGAAGCCCGAGAUUGUUCAGUAAAGGAGCAAAUGUCUUUGGUGUUGAGAUUUGUUAAUGACAAAGGAAUGGUUUUGGAACGUUUUCUUGGAUUGGUUCAUGUGAAUGAGACUUCUGCAAAAGUUCUAAAAAAUGCUAUUGAUACUUUUUUUGCCAAGCAUGAUUUAUCACUUGCAAAACUCAGAGGGCAAGGUUACGAUGGAGCUGCAAACAUGAGCGGUGAAUUUAAUGGGUUAAAAACACUCAUUCUAAAAGAAAACAAAAAUGCACAUUAUAUUCAUUGUUUUGCCCACCAACUUCAGUUAGUUGUUGUGACUGCUUCACAUGAAUCAGAGAGUGUAGGUGGAGAUGACAGAGCAAGAGACCCUGAAAGGUCUGUUGAAGUCAGCAGAGAAGUUAUGGUGCAGAGGAGGGAUGUUAGUCUGCAAGUGAACAUGGAUGAGGAAAGUAUGGGAGAGUCUGAAGAUGACGCCCAGGCUAAGGAUUUUAGGAUCUCUAGUUCAGGCGAAGUUGAAGUUGAUCCCUCCAUGCUGACGCAAGGUGGUCGGGAUCGAAAUGCAGAAUGGGUCUGA